CGUCCCCGCGUCGGCACACCGCACAUGACAGCGGGCGUCCUCCGGCGCCGCGCCGUCAAGAGUCCUGUGCAGUCGCGGACGCCGUCACAGCGCUCCUGCAUUGUCGCCGUCCACGCGCCACGCGCCCCCGGGGACUCGUCAACCGCCGUCGGUCCCCUGUGGCCCAGAGGGCGCAUGGUCACGACAUCGCCGCCCGCUUCCAGGGGUCAUCAGAGGGGGUUGAUGGAAGGCGCUUCGAUUGCCGGUGCCGUCGUCGUCGGGAUGGCUGGCGGUGCGGUCCUGCCCGUCGGCUGACGUCCAGCGGGUGGCACUGGGCCGGCGGCGGCCGCGGCGGAAUCCUCGCGCCUCGCGCACCGGAGAAGGACGUGCGGCAGGACACCCUAACCCGGACCUGCGCAACAUGGACAUCGCCAAGCAGAAACGGAAAUGGUUGUGGCAGGUGGGCCGGGUGAUGGGCCUGCUCCCGAUCUCCUUCAAGAACUGCGUCUGCCCGUCGCAGCCGGCCUUCCUGUCGUCGCGCGGCUCUGACCGCCUCGGCGACCCUGGCUUGCCGCCGUCCUGGGACGCCACCGGGCGCAUCGGUGGCGUAAAGGAAUGCUCGUGUCCGGUGGCUGCGCGCUCCGUACCCUGGAUGAUGUACUCAUGCGGCGUGGCCGCCGUGCUGCUGCCCAUGUCGAUGUACGCCGUGUACUCGGACCGGGCGGAGGCGCGGGCGGGCCGGCCGUCGCUGCGCAUGUCCACGCGGACGGACGAGCUGGUCACCUUCUGCGACAUCCUCAGCAACUCGUUCUGCACGCUCGUGUGCUUCCUGCAGCUCGCCUACCAGAUGCAGAAGGGCUCGCUCUUCUCCCUGCUCGACCAGAUGCAGCAGGUGGACCGCCUGCUGCAGAUACGGCCGCCGGCCGUGCCCGGCCUCCUGGCGCUGUGGCUGCUCCUGCUCAUCCUCAUCAUGUUCAUGGACGCCUCCAUGUGGACCGAGAUGAACCAGGGGCUGCAGUACGCCGCCACCUACCUGCCCUUCUACGGCGUCUACCUCAACACCUUCGUGAUGGAGGUCCUGUUCAUCGACGAGGCGCACAGCAUAAACAUGCGCUUCAAGGCCCUCAACCAAAUGCUUGACGCAGCGCUAGCACUGCCCAGCUACCAGGUGGCGGUGGCCGCGGAGCAGCCCACGCCGAUGACCAUGGAGCAGGGCUGGAUGCGCUCGUCGGCGCGCAGCCGCCGCAUGUCCAUCGCGGCGCUCGCGGACGGCACGUUGUACCCCAGCAAGCUGGGCACGGCGGCGGCGGCGGCGGCGGGCGCGGGCAGCCGGCGGUCCAGGAUGCGGCCCGAGCCCGGGGGCGGGGCUGCCGCCGGGGCGCUCGUGCCCAUCCAGCGCCUCAACAUGGCGCACCACAUGCUGUGCGAGCUCACGUUCACCAUCGCGCGCCGCUACGGCCUGUCCCUGCUCGCCGACAUGCUGUGCCUGCUGCUGCACCUCGUCAUCACCGCCUACUUCCUGCUCAAGCACCUCAUCUCCGAGACCGUCCUGGUGAGCGGCCAGUACAUCGUGAUGCAGGCCGUGUGGCUGGCCGCCCACCUCGGCCGCAUGCUGUUCAUCGUGCUGCCCUGCUCCCGCGCCAGCGCCGAGGCCGGCCGCACGGGCACGCUCGUCGGGGUGGUGCUCAGCACCACGGCGCCCUCCAGCCACGCGCACAGACAGCUGGAAACGUUCUCUAUUCAGCUACUGCACCACAGAGUAAACUUUAACGCGUGCGGCCUCUUCGAAUUGGGUCUUCCACUCGUCGUAUCUAUACUCGGAGCCGUCACUACGUAUCUCGUCGUUCUAUUGCAACUUAAAGGCGCCCCUGGCGAGUCUACUGCGAAUUCAACGGCUGUCGUCUCUUAGACGCGUUUUGAAUGUUUCGUUCGCAGAUCGACAGACACAUCUGUGGUAUAAUAUUAUUUAUACGACUAAUGCAACUGUGGAUUUCUACAGAUUUGCAUGAAACGAGUAAAAGACUGAGGUGAUAGAAAUAGAGGUAUUUUUUGCACAUUUUGUGUCAUUUUGUGCUUGUAUACAUAUAUUUAAUUGAACAUAAAAAUGAAAACAGGAUAAUGAAAUGAGCAAAUUAAUUUAUUUCUUGUACAACAAAAGCCAUACAGGCACCAAUCAAGAACAGUCUUGGCCCUGACAGGCAAGGUUAAACCACAAAACGAAUGUACACAAUUUGGUAUGAAUGUUUGAUGGGAAUUAUUGAUAAUUACAUAUCAAAUCGACCAAUAAAAUAUCCUUGAUGAUGGUG